GUUAUUGCCCGGAUACAACAACAUGAAAUUUCGUUUUUGUGGAGAUCUUGACUGUCCCGACUGGGUGCUUGCGGAAAUCAGCAUUCUCUCUAGACUCACUUCAGUGAAGAUGAAACUUCUUUGUAACCAGAUUGUCCAGGAUCUUGUCAGUGGAAGCAUGGAUUAUACCAAAGUGUUCAAGAUCACUGCCGAUGCCAAGUUUGAGAUGUCAGACGUGAAGGCUGCUGUAGCUGCUUUGAUGUUUAUUGUAUCGAGUGCAGCCAAGUACAAUGUUGAUAGUGAAUCAUUAAGCAGCGAGUUACAGCAACUUGGACUUCCAAAGGAAAGCUCAACUUCUUUGUGUAAGUCAUACGGCGAUGGUCUCGAUAAAUUACAGAAAACAUUUAGAGACCAGAGUCUUCGCUUAUCAAGAUUUCAUUCUGUUGACUGGAGGGUUGACUAUGUGAUAAGCUCUAGUGAAGUGAAGGCUGUAGAGGAGCCGUGUGUGCAACUGAAAGUGAAUAAAGUUAGUGAUACAACUGGUGACGUCGAGUCAACAGUGUUCGCGCUGUCUCCUACAAAGUUCCGACUUCUUUUGAGUGAGUUGAAACAAGCACAGACAAUUAUGGAUUCCAUGACAACAUGAUGAAUGUUUACUGUUGUUUUGGUGCUGGUGUAUACAAUAGCUUUCUGUCUUUGCAUGUGAAAUGAAUGGUAUGUUGUUGGUUUCCUACUAA